AGACUCCUCUCUGCACACUCGGGUCAGAGGUGAGAUUUCCUCCCUUUGCUGUUGCGUGUCGAGUAAACUCUGUCUUUCCUGCAUCUCCUGUUGCCUCGUGUGUUCAGAUCUCUGAGCAAUGGGCCUGAAUUCAACCCUGGGAAGCCUUUUGAUUUUUCUCUGGAUGUCAGGAAUGUGGGCAGGAUUUGUAGAAAAGAACUGUACCAACUAUAAGCUCCAGUUUGAGAGGGUUUUCUCUGUUCCUGGGGAGGUGGCCAUGCUGAACAGCACCCUGCUCUCUCCAGACGUUCUGGACUUCAUGGCGGUCCCGUACAACAUCACCUGGUACAACUCCAGAACACAACAGGAGCUGAGCAACCAGACCGGCCGGGUUCUGAUGGUCAGGGAGACUCUGUGGUUCCUGAACACAACACUGGAUGAUGCAGGGGAAUACAUGAUGCUGCUGCAAACUCCUUCUAAGUGCUGCAUGCAGUCCACCAUGUUAGUGGUGGACCUGCCCCUGCCAGGGGAGUGUGGGAGGCCAAAUAAAACCACUCAGGACCUGACGAACGGAGUGGCUGACAGCCUGAACUGUCCUCUCACAGACUAUAUAGAUAAACUGAAGAGCUACAACAUCCCCUCAGAUCUCAGGUGGUACAAGGGUUGUGAGCCCAUACUGGAUGGAGUGGGUGGGUAUACCUACGUAGAAACUACCCAGCUCACCAUUGCCAGGGUGAAAAAUGAAAACAGUGGCAUGUACACCUGCACCCUGACGUUCACGCUUGGUGAUGUUACAGGAUCAGUGUCAGAGACCAUCGAUGUAACAGUCAUAGACAAGUACUCUUUGACUCCACAAGUUCAUAAACCGAGAAGUGACAUAAAAAGGGCAGAGAUUGGAUCAAACUUUACGACGAGCUGUUUGGUGUUUGUGCCUGGGGUUGGAACACCGUUUGUUGAGGUGUUUUGGUUGACCGGAGAAAAUGUCAUUUUUACCACUGAUCCCUCUGUUCGUGUCUACACGUCCAAACGUUUGUGGACUCAACAUGAGCCUACAGGAGUGUGGAUAGAACGACUUCUCGUGAUCUCUGAGCUGAAGRAGGAGGACUUUAACAUCAACUACACCUGCAGGGUGUACAGCUCCCGGGGCAGCCCGUGUGGAUAUUUGACUUUGCUACAGCCAGAUCRAGACCUCAUCCUUCCCAUUGGACUUGUUUUUGGAAGUGUGACCGUUCUCUUUAUCAUCAGCGUCAUCAUCUACUAUAUAUUCAGGAUUGACAUUGUGCUGGGCUUCAGGAGAACAUUUCCAGUUCUCUACUCAAAUAAAGAUCUGGAUGGAAAGCUGUAUGAUGCCUAUGUGACGUACCCUCAGCUCUACACUGAGYUCAGGGAGGACGUGGACAAGUUUGCUCUGCAGACUCUGCCUGAGGUGCUGGAAAAGACCUGUGGAUAUAAACUCUUUAUAGCAGGUCGGGACUGUCUGCCUGGACAGG